UAUUCCUGGUUGUUUCUCAAGUUGGUCUUAAUUCAAACCAAUGACAACUGAUGGAAAAUGACUGGGAAAAGUAACAGGAAAAAGAGAAAGACAGGUUCUUGGCUUUUGAUAAAUGACAGUCUUUGCGAGUAGGUUUCACGAUGGUACAGUGAACAUUAGUUAAUAAGUGAACUAUUUCAUGUUUCUUUAUCAAUACAUGUAGGCGUCUACUACUUGCCAGGCUUAUCAGUUUCUCUGUUGGCCUUGGGUACCCCCUCAAACUCACAGUUUGGCUGGUCAGUCGCAGCAACAGCAGGUGUACAUUUUCACACCAGAGUCGCCUGCACACGAGCAACCAUAAGGCUCAUUAUAUUAAUUUAAGUUGGUCACAUCUUGUAUGUCAAAAUGAAUGUGAGGGGCAUUGGGCUGUGGAUGCUGUGUUACCUAGUGCUGACGGCUGCUAUGUACUUUGAUCUGGGUGAGCAGGAGGAGAAAUGCCUCAUCGAGGAGAUUCCAGGCGACAUGCUGGUCACAGGUUAUUUUCUUUUGGAGAAUUGGGAUGCAAAAAAUAACCUUAACUCCCCUCAUCUUGGCCUCACUAUCACUGUGCGAGAUCCAAACCAUGAUAUACUGAUGAAAAAAAGAUAUGGCAGAUUUGGAAAAUUCACAUUCACAUCCCACGCUUCUGGCCCACAUUGGUUGUGCAUGCAGUCCAACUCAACAAGGUUUUCAGUUUUCGCCGGUGAAAGGCUGAGGAUUCAUUUUGAUGUUCAGAUGGGAGAGCACUCCAUUGACCCCAGUGUUGAGAGACACAAAGACACAGUCCAGACCAUGGAGUACAGCCUGGAGCACCUGAGGGACCAGAUCCUAUACAUCACCAGGCAGCAAGACUUCCAGAGGGAAAGAGAGGAGACUUUCCGUCAAAUCAGUGAAGAAACCAAUGGGAAAGUUUUGUGGUGGGCUGUUGUGCAGACUUCCGUUCUACUAUCAGUUGGAUUUUGGCAAAUCAAAAGACUGAAAGACUUCUUGAUUGCAAAGAAGUUGGUUUGAUAUGCUUGGCUUUAGGGCAGGAUUUAUAUAUUGCAGUACAAUGCAAAGUGGCUACUAGAGUCAACGGCUAUUCCAAAACUAGACUUACAUCAAGUGCUGAUGCAUCUAUUUUACUGUACAUU